AGGCUCGAGAUAAAUUGUGAAGGUCUUAUCUUUCGUUCAUCGUGUUUUGGAUUUCGGGUUGUGCCUUUCCCAUCUGAAGACGUGUUGUGUACAGUGGAAUCCAGGAUGGCACGCAGUAAUAGAAGAACGGAAGGCCUAACCGGGCAUUUAGUGUUUGCAAUUGCCGCAGCAGCUUUUGGUUCAUCGUUCCAGCAUGGUUACAACACAGGAGUGGUCAAUGCGCCGCAAGAACUGGUGGAAGAGUUCAUCAUCAAGACAUACCGGGAAAAAUACGACGAGGAUCCGCCCAUCACCGUGGUCACGCUCAUCUUCUCCAUCAUGGUCUCCGUGUUCUGCCUCGGGGGCAUGUUGGGUGCCCUGGGCACCGCCUUCCUGGCGGAGAGGUUCGGGCGCAAGGGUGGACUACUGCUCAACAACGCACUCGUCUUCGUCGCCGCCGCCAUGAUGGGAUUCUCGAAAAUGGCGGGAUCUUACGAGAUGCUCAUCGUCGGCAGGUUCAUCAUCGGCCUCAAUUCGGGACUAAACGCAGGAUUAGCGCCAAUGUACUUGACAGAAAUUUCCCCAGUACACCUUCGCGGAGCGGUGGGAACUAUCUAUCAGCUCAUCAUCGCGUUUUCAAUUCUGGUGUCUCAGAUAUUCGGCAUGCCUCAGAUACUUGGGACCGAGCAUGGAUGGCCUAUUCUUUUCGGUCUGACCAUGGUGCCAUCCGUUUUCAUGUUGGCUGCUCUACCGUUAUGUCCAGAGUCGCCGAAAUUUAUCCUCAUCAAUAAGGGCAAAGAUGUAGCAGCACAAAAAGCUUUGAAGUGGUUGCGAGGCACUGAUGAAAUUCAUUACGAAAUGGAUGAAAUGCGAGCAGAAUACGAGCAAAUAAAAUUAGUUCCUAAAGUUACGUUGAAAGAAAUGUGGACCAACGAUAUGCUGCGGAAACCUCUAGUCAUUGCUGUGGUCGUUAUGAUCUCUCAACAACUUUCGGGAAUUAAUGCGGUCAUCUUCUAUUCUACAGACAUCUUCAAGAACGCCGGCUUGAGCCAGCAGGUGGCCAUUUACGCCACCCUCGGGAUGGGCACCAUCAACGUACUGAUGACCAUCGUAUCCAUGGUCCUCGUUGAAAAGGCUGGCCGCAGGACUCUGCACCUCAUUGGUCUGGCCGGAAUGAUGGUCGUCAUACUGAUCCUCACCAUCUGCAUGGCCUUGACGUAUAAAGCUCCUUGGUUGUCUUAUAUUAGUAUUGUGUGCAUCAUUGGGUUCAUAAUAAUGUUUGCAAGUGGGCCAGGUUCCAUUCCAUGGUUUCUGGUUGCGGAGCUUUUCGGGCAGGGCGCUAGACCGAUAGCAACAAGUAUUGCAGUGGCUGUCAACUGGUUGGCCAACUUCAUCGUCAGCCUCGGCUUCCUUCCAAUCACUGAAAUGAUUGGCGAAUAUACGUUCCUCAUCUUUGCUGCUUUAUUGGCGAUGUUCUGGCUUUUCACGUACAACCGCGUGCCAGAAACAAAAGGCAAAACCGUAGAAGAAGUCGCUGCCGUUUUCAGAGGAAAAUCUUCGACUUAACCGAACAGUAUGGUAGAACUGAACAUUGCUGCAGACCUCGAAGAUGAUGCAUCAGAAUCAACUGUGCAAUUUUUCGCAUAUUCUCUGAUGCAUUAAACUGAAAAGCACCAUAUAAUUAUCUUUGCUGUUUGCUGGAUUCGCUGUAUUCUGCAGAACUUUGAAGAAAGAUUCGAAACUUUUAGUAACGGUGCCUCAAAUUGUUGAAAGCAUGUGACCCAGAUGGAACUUAUUCAUCUUCAAACGAUAUUUUCGGUGGUAAAUUCUGCAUUUCCUCAUUUGAGGCAUCAAACAGUUCUUCGCCAAAUGGACCUCAUUUUUUUAUAAAUGCAUAGCAACUACUUUUCUAAUUCUUGAAGUUUUCGUAGAAAUCAUCUUGCCGAUAAGGACAACAGGAAAACGAACGUUUAAGCGAACAGAAAGAAAGCCUUGUGAUUAAUUUUAUUGAUAUAUUCUACAACAGUGGUGCCCAACCUUUUCGAACCCAAGGGUCUCAUGUGAGAUUUUUUUUCGCUGACGUAACAAGAAAUUCGAGAUGUUUAAAAAAUUUCUAGAUAACAUGGAAAAACUUGAUGGGGGGAAAAAGUCAAGAAAAUAAUAAACCACGAAUUGUUAUUAGUAUUACUUGAAGCUUAUUUUAUCAAUGCGAGCUUUGUAGCUGUUUUCCAGAAACAAAUUUCUGGCUAUUGGGCUCUAAAUUUGAAAUAGACUAAUCAUGGUCCGAGAUUUGUAGCAAUGAACGAAACGACGGGUCGUACAGGUCAGUUCCGCGGGCAGCGUGUGAUCCACGGGCCGUAGGUUGGACACCACUGUUCUACAAGAAAGCUUUUUAAAAAUGCAUUUCCAAUGAUCAGAAGAAAAAGAAUUUUUCUGCGAAAAAUAUUUCAUUAAAUAUUCGACCUAUGUUUCUCAUAUAACUGUGAAUUUAUUAUAUUUGUAUAUAUGCAUACUCGCGUAUGUAAAACAUACAGGGGUUUCAUGAAUUUCAUUAAGUCUUGUAUUUUUAUGUUAUUUUAAAUGCUUAAAACGUAUUUUAAUAUUACUAUACGAUUUCAUUUUCAUUUUGUUGUAAAUAAGUAUAUUUUGACAUCUUUAA